AUGCAAUCAUCCCACCAACAACAACCCCCCCAACCCCCCAAACAAGCCGCCUACAACCAAUCCACCAACCCAGUAACCCACACACCCUCCGAGCAACGCACUUCCCAAUCCUCAUCCCAAAACCCAUCGCAAUACGACCACCUCCCCCGACACCGCGGCGACGCCCUGUCUCCCAUAACCCGCAACGCCGCCUCCCAACCCUCCAACUCCAACUCCAACUCCAACACCGCUAAGCACCAAGAAUCCAUGCGCAACGCAGCCUCCACCCUCGACACCGAAUACGGAGUCGAGCAGCAGCCCGCAGAAGGGGACAUCGCGCGGGCCGUGCAGGGCAAGUCGGCGGAUGCGCGGGCCAGAGCACAAGCCGGGGCGCAUGCGGGCGCGGUAGGCAGUGCCGAGGGGCCAGGGGCGCCGGGGUACGAGAAGGGGGAAAUGGCGGACUUGGAUCAGAAGAGGGAGAUGCAUGAUAGGAUGUUGGGGGAUCGGGUUGGACAGAGUCCGGCUCCGCCGGAGGGGGAGGGGGAGGAGGCGAGGAGGAGGAAGUUGAGGCAGGAUGAGGAGGUGGAUGUGGUGGGGGCGGCGAGUCGGGGGUCUAAGGGGAGGGUUGUUUGA